UUGCUUUGUGCUUUCUUUUGUGUGUGUGUUUGUUUACUUUCUCUUUUCAUUUCUGCUUGUCUGGUAAUUUUCUCGGGCUUGGAAAAUUUUCUCUCUACAGCCGAGAAAGUGAAGGAAAAAAAGGGGGAAGAUAGAUUUAAUAAUUAUUGUUUUUUUCAAAAAAAUUAAUUAUUUUGAGUAUGGGUUGUUUUUGUUUUUCUGGGAAUUCAAGCAAAGGAUCAGAGAAACCAACAAAGAAGAUCAUCAUCAACAACAAAAAUGAUAGCAGUAGCAACAAAAGUAAACCCCAUGCUCAAACACAAACCAGUUCAGAUGAAUUGAAAGUGACUGUUACAAAUGAAGAGGUAGUAGCUAAGAAAGGAGAUCAAUUAUCAAUUGAUGUAAAGAAUUUCAAUUUGAAUGAUGAGAUUUCAAAGGAUGGCAAAGCUAACAACUUGGCACAGUCAUUUACAUUCGAGGAACUUGCCACUGCGACCGGAAACUUCCGGUCGGAUUGUUUUUUGGGCGAAGGCGGUUUCGGGAAAGUUUACAAAGGAUUCUUGGACAAAACCAAUCAAGUUGUCGCAAUCAAGCAACUCGAUCGUAACGGUGCUCAAGGAAUUAGAGAAUUCGUCGUUGAAGUAUUGACAUUAAGCAUGGCUGAGCACCCGAAUCUUGUUAAAUUGAUAGGUUUUUGUGCAGAGGGUGAUCAAAGAUUACUUGUUUACGAGUACAUGCCGUUAGGGUCGUUGGAGAAUCAUUUAUAUGAACUUCCGGCUAGCCGAAAACCACUUGAUUGGAACACGAGAAUGAAAAUAGCUGCUGGGGCAGCAAGGGGUUUAGAGUAUUUGCAUGAAAAAAUGAAGCCCCCUGUUAUAUACCGGGACUUGAAAUGCUCAAAUAUAUUGCUCGGUGAGGGGUAUCAUCCGAAGCUAUCCGAUUUCGGUUUGGCUAAAGUCGGUCCCAUUGGCGAUAAGACUCAUGUUUCUACGAGGGUUAUGGGUACAUACGGUUAUUGUGCACCGGAUUAUGCAAUGACCGGACAGCUGACAUUUAAGUCGGAUAUUUACAGCUUUGGGGUUGUCCUCUUGGAACUAAUUACUGGUAGGAAAGCAAUCGACGAGACAAGAGAUCGCUCGGAGCAAAAUCUCGUUGCAUGGGCACGUCCCAUGUUCAAAGACCGAAGAAACUUUUCUCGAAUGGUCGACCCUUUACUACAAGGUCAAUAUCCGGUUCGAGGUCUCUACCAAGCACUUGCCAUUGCUGCAAUGUGCGUUCAAGAGCAACCCAACAUGCGGCCGGCAAUAACUGACGUUGUUAUGGCUCUGAAUUACUUAGCUUCCCAGAAAUACGACCCGAACAAUCCUGUCCAAAGCUCCCGAAAGAGCAAAUCAUCAACGGCAACGAACGGAGACGGUGACAAAAAACCAGUUGCAGAACAUGAACUUAAUAGUGACUGAGCUCAACAGACUGAAAAUCGGAAAUUAUGCAGCAAAUAAAGGAUACUGUGAUGUUAAUAUGGCGCAUGGUUAUCGAUUUUUUGAUCGAAGAAGAUAACCGGCGUGGUUCCAACCCGUAAAAAUCUUGGCAUACAGAGAUUUUCUUCCCUCUUCUUUACCCCUCCCCUGUGUUGGUGUACAUGUGAGUUGGGGGUUCUUGUAUGUUAGAUGCUUUCAUUGUAGGAACCACUUUUACAUAAUAAUAGCAACAAAAAAAGAAAAAAAAGAGAUUAUAUGUUAAUGGAAGCAAAAA